CGUGUUUUCUUCAAUUUUUUCUUUUUUCUUUUUUCAACACUGGAAGCAAAAGCAACUAGGGGUAUUUUUUUUUAAAGAGAAUUUAUGAAUUAGAGAUUUGGUUUUCUGUUCAACAAAUUUUUGGUGCUCAGAUAUCAAAGUUUCCAGGAUAUUUUCUUGAGAUGUCAAAAGAACCAGUGCCAUCUCAAGGAAUUGAAGAUGGUGAUCGUACUAAUUUUGCACGGACGUUCAAGUAUUUGAUGGCUACACAGGUAUUGGCAAGGGGAAUUCCCUUUAUCUUUAAUUCAUGGAUUGUGAGACACCUCGAUGAAGCAGACUACGCGCUAUAUGCAGUGCAGUUUCAUCUUUUAGUCACAUGCAUAUUGUUUCUUAGUCGGGAAGGAUUUCGGCGAGCAUGUUUACGUGCAGACAUUAGAUGUGAUGGUGCAUCAGCUGAAGAAAAUGCUGCAAAACUACUGAAAGUUGCAUGGAUCACUUUUCCUAUUGGAAUACUUGUUACAAUUUCAGCCUGUAUACUUGUGUUCUGGUGGCAAGCACUAAACAUCUACAACCCAUAUGGGCAGGCCAUCCUAAUCCUAGGAUUUGCAUGUGUUUUGGAGCUAUUGGCAGAACCCUUGUAUAUCCUUUCUCAGAACUUGCUUCUCCUUAAAUUGCGGUUGGUGGUUGAAACUAUAGCAACCCUUCUACGUUGCACGACGACUUACAUUCUCAUUGUCAAACAAUCCAAUAUGGAAAAAGCACUUGUAUUUGCAUUAUCCCAGACUGCUUAUGGUGCUUCCAUAUUCAUGGGCUAUUGGAGUUACUUUCUUCUCUUUCGCAUGAUUAAAAGAUCCGAUCUUUUACCUUUCAGAUUGAAAAGUAUGAUGGACUACGACAAGCAACUUUCAAAGAUGUGUAUGUUGUUCACUCGGCAAUCCAUCAGAAAAUUGGUCCUUCAAGAAGGAGAGAAGAUGAUUCUUGUGUGGUUUGACACCACCUAUAACCAAGCUGUAUAUGGACUUGUAGAUAAAUUGGGUAGUUUGGUUGUGAGAUUGGUGUUCCUUCCUUUCGAAGAGAGUUCGUAUGCCACAUUUGCAAUGUUUCAAUCAGGAGAGAACCCUCGAAAAAGUUCAAAAUUACGAUAUUCCCUUACAGAAGCCUUGAAGCUGGUUAUUUUGAUCGGUCUUGUGUUUAUGGGUUUUGGUCCAAGCUAUUCUUAUGUUCUCAUUAGAGUGCUGUAUGGAAGUAAAUGGAGUGAUGGAGAAGCCCCAACUGUCCUCCGUUAUUAUUGCCUAUAUAUCAUUGUUUUAGCUAUGAAUGGAACAUCUGAAGCGUUUCUACAUGCAGUGGCAUCAGAAGACCAACUCAAGCGUUCAAAUGAUUCCUUGCUUAUCUUCUCCACAGUUUAUGUAGCGUUAAAUGUCGUGUUAAUUCAAUCAGCUGGCGCCGUUGGAUUAAUUCUUGCUAAUUCAUUGAAUAUGAUUCUCAGAAUUUCUUAUUCAGCAAUAUUUAUCAAGCGUUAUUUCCAGGAUUCUUCAUCAGAAUUUAGAUUUCGCCAGUGCUUGCCUUCAGGUUGGAUAGUUUUGCUUCUUUCAAGCUUUGUUACCCAAAUUUCUGAGAGAAUAUUCUUAGACCAAGAGAACUUCUGGUCGACGAUGUUGAUUCACCUUUUCAUUGGCUUUGUGUGCUUCUGCAUAUCCUCAUUUGUGAUAUAUCACCGGGAGAGGGCGUUCAUCAAUAAGAUAAUCCGUUUCCGUGACCAUACAGAUUAAAAAAAAAUGAAGAUAUUCAUUGAAAAGACCUAGAAUUGAAGAAGAAUCAGGAAAUGCUGUAGAUAUGCCAUUGACUUCUAUUCCUGAGAUCAGAGAAGUGACCAUUAUUGAACCAUCUAUUACCCUUAGUGAGCACCCUCACCAAUGGUUCCAAGGUCAAUCUUCAAACUCAGACGCAAAAGAAGAAAACAUUAAUGAUCCUAAGUCAAGCAACAAUUUGCAGUGACACCUCCUUAAUAUUCUCAGUGUAAAAUCCCUAGCCAUGUGAACUUUUUGUUGCAGGAAAUCAACAGAGUCUCUGAACUCUUUUCUUGGAUUUGCUUUCCUGUCUAUAUAUUUCCUGUUUUAUAGUUGUACUUGUAGUGUUUUCAAAGUCUUUCUUUAGUUGUAAAGUUUAACUUCUGUAAAUUAGCAGUUUCUGAGUAGUGUUUGCGUUGUUUAUUUUCUUUCUGCAAUUACUGCUAGUCUUCUCCCUGUUUAUCUCCUCCUUA